AUGACCUCCAAUAAAGACCUAAUACUUGAAGAUCUACAAGCAACAGAACUUACACUCAUCUUUCUAGAACUCUGUCCUUAUAGUGAAUUUCAUAACACACUGACUCAAGUAGUUCUUACCUUUGAAAAAAUCUUGAUAGCAAAGGAUACUGGUGAUCGAAUUAGUAUAAUCAUCUAUACCUAUUAUUUAGAUGCUCGUCUAAGCUCUCUAACACCUAUUGAAAGAACUCUAUAUCGAGGAUACCUUAUUCUCUAUUAUAAAAGAGUAUCUAUGAGAAUUUAUUAUCUAUUUGAAUCUAUGGGAGUAAAUUUACUGAACAAAACAUAUUAG